CACAGGAGGGCGUCUGCGCCUAUCUAAGUAGGACAAUAAAGUGAAAACGGCAUCAAUGCUCUAAAUAAUGGAUUUGUCAGAUAUGCUUCUUCUUAAACUUUUCCUCUUCGUGUACUUAGUGAACUACACCCGAGGACAUUAUAGAAACCCCCUGAACAAGUACAUUCGUCACUAUGAGGGCCUGUCUUACGACACAGAGCUUAUUCACAGCAAACAUCAGAGGGCCAAGAGGGCGCUUUCUCAUGAAGACAGGUUUCUCCAUUUAGAUUUUCACGCCCAUGGAAGGCAUUUUAAUUUACGAAUGAAGAGAGAUACCACCUUGUUUGCCCCAGAUUUAAAGGUGGAUGUUUCAGGAGAAGAAAUUCCAUUUGAUACCUCUCAUAUCUACACUGGAGAAAUCUACGGUGAGAAAGGCACCCUGUCUCAUGGCUCCAUUGUGGAUGGUAAGUUCGAGGGCUUCAUUCAGACCUACCACGGCAACUACUAUGUGGAGCCUUCUGAGAGGUACCUGGGGGACAAAGACGUGCCCUUCCACUCUGUCAUCUACCAUGAAGACGACAUACACUACCCGCACAAGUACGGCCCAGAGGGAGGCUGUGCUGAUAGCUCGGUGUUUGAAAAGAUGAAGAAGUUCCAAGCCAGCGCCGUAGAGCAGCCACCCAAGGAGCUCCACACCGAGGCUGACUUCAAUGACCCCGUGCUGCUGAGGAGGAAAAGGAUGGCCCAGAUUGAGAAAAACACCUGCCAGCUGUUCAUUCAGACUGAUCACCUCUUCUACAAGUACUACAAGACCAGAGAAGCCGUCAUUGCUCAGAUCUCCAGUCAUGUCAAAGCGAUCGAUGCUAUCUAUCAGGGCACAGACUUCAUGGGCAUUCGCAACAUAAGCUUCAUGGUGAAAAGGAUCAGGAUAAACACCACCAAUGAUGAGAGGGACAGGUCCAACCCGUUCCGCUUCGCCAACAUCGGCGUGGAGAAGUUUUUGGAGCUGAACUCGGAGCAGAACCACGAUGACUACUGCUUGGCUUACGUGUUCACAGACAGAGACUUUGAUGACGGGGUGUUGGGUUUGGCCUGGGUGGGAGCCCCUUCAGGGAGCUCCGGAGGAAUCUGUGAAAAAAGCAAGCUGUACUCAGACGGAAAAAAGAAGUCUCUCAACACUGGUAUCAUCACUGUGCAGAACUACGCCUCCCACGUACCGCCAAAAGUCUCCCAUAUCACUUUUGCACAUGAAGUAGGACACAACUUCGGCUCCCCGCAUGACUCUGGAUCUGAGUGCACCCCUGGUGAAUCCAAGAGCCAAGACAAGAAAGAGAAGGGCAACUACAUCAUGUAUGCAAGAGCCACGUCGGGAGACAAGCUCAACAAUAAUAAGUUCUCCAUCUGCAGCGUGCGUAACAUCAGCCAGGUGCUGGAGAAGAAGAGAAGCAACUGUUUUGUCGAGUCUGGCCAGCCCAUCUGUGGUAAUGGUCUGGUGGAGCCAGGAGAGGAGUGUGACUGUGGCUACAGUGAUCAGUGCAGAGACCAGUGCUGCUAUGACGCCAACCAACAUGAUAGCAAGAAGUGCAAACUAAAGCCCAACAAAGUUUGCAGCCCCAGCCAGGGUCCUUGUUGCACCGCUGAGUGCUCCUACAAGGGUCGAAAUGAGAAGUGCAGAGAGGAGUCAGAGUGCGCUCAUCAGGGCAUGUGUAACGGAAACGGCGCACAGUGCCCAACAUCUGAGCCCAAGGCCAACUUCACCGCCUGCCACGGAGAGACUCAAGUCUGCCUCAAUGGGGGCUGCUCUGGCUCCAUCUGUGAGAAGUAUGGGCUUGAGGCAUGCACCUGUGCCAGCCAAGAAGGCAAGGACGAGACUGAGCUCUGCCACGUGUGCUGCAUGGAGAAGAUGAAUCCAAACACGUGCAGCAGUACAGGGUCGGAGCGUCUGGCUCGUUUCUUCAAUAAGAAAGUGACCACGCUGCCAGCCGGCUCACCUUGCAACGACUUCAAGGGCUACUGCGACGUGUUCAUGAAGUGCCGUCUGGUGGAUGCAGAUGGACCUCUCGCCAGACUGAAGAAGGCCAUCUUCAACCCAGAGCUGUAUGAGAAUAUUGCUGAGUGGAUUGUGGCCCAUUGGUGGGCAGUAUUAUUGAUGGGUAUAGCUCUCAUCAUGCUCAUGGCUGGCUUCAUUAAGAUCUGUAGCGUACAUACGCCAAGCAGUAACCCCAAACUCCCCCCUCCCAAACCACUUCCAGGCACUUUGAAGAGGCGGCGAGCGCAGCAGCAAGCCGCCUCCCAGGUGCAGCACCAGUCCCAGCACCCGCACGCCCACCAGCACGGCCACGGAGGUCACGGCGGACACGGCGGCCACGGUGGGCACGGCGGCCAACGGCAACCCCAGAGGCAACCUCAGCGGCAGGCGCAGCCCCAGAGGCACCACCGUCAGCCCAGAGAGAACUAUCAGAUGGGCCAGAUGAGACGCUGAGGCCCUGCACCCCACUCCCCUCCUCUCCCCCCCAUCCCCCUCCCCCAAUGCCUUGGCUCCUCCUUGUGCCUACAGUGGGAAAACAAAAGCAUCACUCCAUCCAAAGAAAAGCCUGACAUGGUUGUUAGUCAUCAUCAUAUCCUCCAUCGACAGACAAAACAGACACGUGAAAAAGAGAAAACACUAUCUAGCAACUCGAUUGGCUCUUUGUGGAGUGGACUCAACCAUCAGCCAUUUCCAAUGCAGUGCGAUCUAGCGUCUUUUUCCACCUUUUUUUUGUUUUUGUUUUUUUUUUGUGGUCAUUUCUAAGGAGUGCCAAGGAGUUAAGGAAUCAUGUGUAGCUUUAGUACAUUCUGUGAUGUGUUUUUUCGUUCUAUUGCAACGUCUUCUCAAGUGACACGCCCAUGGCUGCUGGUGAAUUUGUUCUGUGCUUUUUUUUCUCGCCAUUCUAGCCAGGAAUGAGAGACACUCAGCGAGGAUUUGCGGCACUUUUUGUGAUUUACACAUGUCAAAACGGCAAAAGACACAGGCUCCGGUCUCCCGUGCAGACAGUCUUCUGCAUGUGACUGUACAUAUUUAGUGUAUCAUAAAGUGAAAACAAACUAUUUCUUCUACUGUAAAUGUGUAAUUCUUCACUUUUUUUUCUUUGUUUUGUUUUGUUGUUUCUUAAUUUCUUUUUUUUUUUUUUGGUUAGUGCUCUCAGGACUCUUAACACAUUAAUGAAGGAAUGAUGGUUGUGAUGAGUUCCUUGGACAUUGCCGUUGAGGAUUCGACGCCAUUGAGUUCCCAGCGCAGUCGUCCAAUCAGGUGGAUCUCUUUCACUUUCGUUAGAUUGCUAGAUUUUGAAUUUGAACAAGGUCACCAUAUCCCACUUUUCAGGCCUUUUCUGUUCAAGGUCCCCUUUUUUUCAUCUCUCUUUUUUUUCCUUUUUUUUAUUGUCUUGCUAACAUGUUUUGAUUAUGUUGUAUAACAAGCUAGUUGAGGUUUAGAGUCACGAAGAGUCAACAGAAAGGGAAGAUCUCCUGGCUUGGUAAACCUUUUUAUCGUCUUCACCAAUUUUUUGAUAAUGAAGAAUGAAUAACCACUAACCAAUGAUGAUGACGAUAAUGAUGAUGAUUCUACCUGUUCGGAUAUGAAGACAAGGGAAAGUGAAGGCUGCUGUGGCGUAGUUUAGAAGUGAGAGUGUAUCAUGUUACAAAGUUAGUUUAAGUGUGGAAAUAAAUUUAAAAAUGACUCCGGUGUGGAUGUACAAAAAAAAAAAAAAUUGUAAAAUUAAAUCAUUCUAUUAUUCUUCAGAUAGCGAAUCUAAGAACUUUUGUGGGCAUGCAGACACAUUUAUUAAAUGUGACUAUUAAUUGACCAAGGUCUGUAAUAUUUGUAUGUCGCUCAACACUAUUUACUUUGACAGCUAUUAAUGUUAGUCUUAAAACAAAUGGAAGGAUCAGCAGUAUUUUCACACUGUUCACUAACACUUUCCUGUCGUGUGUUCACUAGUUUCACAGGAGACGAACAGCUGUAUUUUUGUUUGUUUUUCUUUUUAAAGAUUCACCUGCAGUUUUUCCUCCUGGUCAGAUUUCAUCACGGACUGAAUCCCCUUAAGAGCUCAUGAGUUCAGGCCUCAGUGUGAGUUUACAUCAGCGUGCCAUUAAAACUUUACAAAGCUGAUAUUUGUGCACAGGUUUUACAGAAUACAGGAAACACCUGUGAGGAUGAAUGAAGGAGAUGUGAUUGUUUAUUUUUGUUUAUUUUUGUGGUAUUGUUUGACCUCACGUGUUUUCUUCCUUCCCUCACUGCUGCUGCAUAGCGUGAUGGGGCUAUUUUUGGAAAGUGAUAACAUGAUAACACUGAGAGAAGAUGUGUAUUAUGCAAAAUCCCAUGAUUUCACCUUUAAAAAAAAAAAAAAAAAAAAAAAAAGGGUUGGCAAGUGGGUGAAAAGUUU